GGUUAACUUGAGACGUUGGCUCAACAUUAGGACCUCGAAUUUUGGACAAAAAACAAAAAUAAUAACUUAAAUUCAUGGACGUAUUUCAAAGAGACAAAUGACAUUGCUGAUGAUUUCAUCAAGGCUUCUUCGUGAAGGCUGGUGUAAUGAAUACAUGAAUUAGGUGGCUUGUUGCUAAAGCGUGAAAAUGUUUAGGUAAGUUUAAUUAAUGGCCUCCAACAUGAACAGCGACGUCGUUUACGUGCGGGAAAGAGGCAAGCUGCGUCGCGUCAGUGACAUUGUCCUCGCACCACCCAAGCUGGCCUCGUCGUGCAGGAGGACCAACCCAUUUUUGCAGAGGAAGGGGCACUUUGUCUUCACCUACAACGCGGAGGGCAGCCUGAGAUACAGCAGCAAGUCCCUCUUCGACAUCGCCCUCCUCUUCAUAGCUGACAAUGUCCACCAUGUGGACUCCCUGGUGGGCUUCCCAGAGCAGAUAGGGGACAGGCUUUUUGCAGCCGCCGAGGAGAACCGGGUCUUUUUGAACCCGGACCUUUCUCCUAAAGCCUUGCAGCUCUUCAGCGAUGCCUAUGGAGGCAUGGUGCUGGGAUCUCUCUGUCUCAGGAACAGGUUUCCUUUACUGAGCGAGAGGAUGGAUGACAUCAAAACCUUUCACAGUUUGACAAGUUUGGACUUGUUUGGCUGCAGACUCGGAGACAACCAUGAGAUCUUCCAGCACCUGACGUCCACCUCGCUGGCAAGCUGCUUGAUCCAGCUCUGCAUCGGCGCUAAUGGCCUGUCAGACAUGGGCCUGCAAAGACUGACGGCGCCAGUGAGGAUGAAGAAGAAGGGACUGGACUGUCUUCAGUACCUGGAUGUGUCACACAAUCCCAUCUCAGAGAGAGCUCUCAGGUAUCUUAAAUGUCUCCCCAAACUGGAAAAACUUGAUGCCUCCAGGACCAGUAUGAAGUUUGGAACAAAAUUGAAGUCAACCAUGUGGGAGAUGCUGGGACUAAUUUACUCAGAGAAGCCACUGGAUGCGUUCGAUCACUCUGCAUGUAAAACACAAGGAUGGGCAGAACAGGUGGUGAACCAGUGGGAAACCAAUGGAGCGCAAAUGCCCAAACAGAAAAAAUUGGAAGAAUCCAGAAUAUCAGCACUUCGCUUCUUCGGUAGGCAGAAGUUUGUCCGAGAGGUGCUCAAUGCAGCCUCGUCAUGUGAGAAACAAUCAGCUGCAGCCCCCACCUUGGAGGAGGAGCAACACUUGCACUUCUACAAACCUCCAGCAGGACGCGGUGGCAGCACCACUCCAAACAACGCCUCGUCUUCCUCAACCAACCAUCAAGACAGGACGUCCACCAAAAGGAAACGCUUGCCAGAAAGAUGGGGGGGCUCCAAGACGAGCCCACCACCGAAACGUGCAUCAGUGCUGACGGCAAUGGAUAUGGCCUUGCUAGACAGCUACUGAGACAUUUUCUGUUGUAAUGUUUUGCUUUCAAGCAGGAGUGUACAUUUUUUCUAAUGUUGUAUUAAUAAAGCUAUUUUAUACAUCAA